UCGACGUUCUUGUUGAUUUUAUUUUCUCUUGAGCGGUCUUCUUAUCUUCAGUGAGAUGCAAAAUUUCGGUAUAUAAGCGACCGCCGGAUUCACAUCCUCAUCAUACAACUGUUUUCGCAGUCUCCAGAAAAGAUGAAGCUGACCAUUGUAUUCCUUGCUAUCCUCGGCGUCUCGACCGCCGCAGUCUUGCCUGCUGCUAAGACUUUCGACCGCUCCACCAGGAGCCUCAGCGAUGACUGGGCUGAGUUGAAGGAGUUGGUGCCCUGGGAUGAGAUCGUUGAAAUUGUAACCCAGUACGUCGCUGAAGACGCAGAGGUCCAGUCCGUCAUCGCGUACCUUCAUUCCGACGACUUCAAGGCGCUUGCUGAAGCAGUCAUUAGUAAUUCCGAAUACAUCGCGUUCCUGGACUACCUUGAUGCUGCUGGACUCGACAUUUACACCUACGUUAACAUCUGGCGUAAUUGGCUAGGAAUCAACACGUCCAGGGUAUUGAGAACCCGUUUCGCAUCCAGCCGCAUCACUGGAGGAGUAGCUGGACUCAUCAACGAUAUCAUAGCUAUCCUUCCCAUCGACGAAAUCAAAGCUCUGUAUUACAACAAACUUGAAACUUCUGAAGAUUUUGCGAAACUGAUUGCUCAUCUCGGCUCUGACGAGGCCCAGGAACUUUACGCUGCACUUAAGGCUAACGAAGAGUACCAACACAUCCGCGAGGCUCUGGUAGCAUAUGGACUCGACAUCGACAGUUUUGUCGACCUCCUGAAGUCUAUUGUUGGUCUCGCCGACAAGAUGAAGCUUUCAAUUCUGUUCCUCGCUUUUGUCGGUGUGGCUACCGCCGCAUCUCUGCCAGCACCCAAGGUACUGAACCGUUCCACUCGGGACCUCAGCGAUGACUUCCAGGACUUUCUUGCCCUGAUCCCCGUCGAUGACGUAGUUGCAAUCGUAAUCGAGUACUUGGCCGAGGACGAGGAAGUUCAGAAUGCAGUGGAAUACAUACAAAGCGAUGAUUUCGCGAACUUGAUCCUUGCCGUCGAUGCCAUCCCCGAAUACAUCGCUUUCCUGGACUACCUUAAUAGUGCCGGACUCGACGUUUACACCUACGUCAAUCUCCUCCACAGUUGGUUGGGACUCGACGAGCUCGAGGUACCGAGCACCCGUCUGGUAUCCAGCCGCAUCACUGGAGGAAUAGCUGGACUCUUCGCCGAUAUCAUAGCUGUUCUUCCCGUCGACGAAAUCAAAGCUCUGUAUUACGAAAAACUUGAGUCUUCUACAGAUUUUGCCUCACUGGUUACUCUUCUCGGCUCUGAGGAGGCCCAGACAGUUUACGCUGCACUUAAGGCUAACGAAGAGUACCAACACAUCCGCGAGACUCUGGAAGAGUAUGGACUUGACAUCGACGCCAUUGUCGAAUUCUUGAAGACAAUUGUUGGUCUCGCCUAAGUGCUCGUUACAACAUGCUUUCUAUUGCAAAACUCGAAGAAAUGGUUGUCAAUGUCGAUGAAAUCUCCACCUUCUUCAGAUCUUCAGUUGAUGCUGCAUAAAUCUUUGACUUGAAGGUCUUCCGUAAUGCUUCGGUUAUUAUUAUACCAACGAUUAUUCCGAAGCGAUGUUUCAUCACACUGUAAACCAGUUCCUUAAAACGCUCUUGUAACCUACAGUUUCGAAUCUAUAAUAAAGCGUCUUGAUUAACAUA